CACCUUGAUGUACAGGAUUUGCUGUCUUAUCGUGCUGAUUGUGUCAUGUGAGAUAAUAGGUAUCAAAAGAGAUUAAGCAAAAAUAAAAAUAAUCACACUUUGAAAAAGUCCAAAAAAAAUGUUCUAUUAAAAAUCUGUACACAAUUAUAUUCGUUAGUACGAUCGAGUAGAUUAUUCGUGAAUGGUACCUACCUAGUUACCUACAUCAUACCUGAAUUUAUAUCUAUAAAUAACUAUAGACUUCAAUUUUGUAAAUAAUAUGACUGAUUCACAGCUAUUGAUCAUUCCCUAAAUGGUUUAUUUAAUUAAUUUUCAACAAUUUUCGAGAUAAUUUGCGAACUUUCAAUUCAAAGUUGAUAAUUAAAUUCUCGUGUAUCACUUUAACGUAAUAUUUCAACCUAAUCAAAGUACCUCUACCUACUACAUCAUCAUAUCAGUUUUAUGCGCAAAAACAGACCAAAUAAAAUAAUUCAACUGAGUAAUAUGAAACUGUAUUGUCACACCUUUUUGUUGAUUUUUUUAAUAUCAUCAGCUUCGCAGAAGAGCGUGAAUUGCGAUGGUGAAAUAUCACCGAAGGAAGACGGCAAACCAAAUAUCAAAGUCGGAAUUAUUUUACCUGUUUCAACAACUCGAGGAGACGUUCAAUGUGAUGAUCAAUUUCAUCUCGAUGCAUUACAAAACGUGGAAGCUGUAUACUAUGCGCUGGAUUUAAUACAGAAAGACGAUAAACUUUUGCAAAAAUUUAAUUUGACAGUAUAUGUAAUGGAGGAUUGCGACUUUCCUGGCCUAGAAAUGAAAUAUCUUUCAAAAUUAUAUGAUCAAUUAAUGGUGGAUUCGAUAGAUCACGAUAAUGCAACCUUUGGACUCAUUUAUGAAACUGAUUUCACGCAAUUAAAUUUUGAAAAUAUUUUCAAAACGUAUUAUGCCUUCCCUCACAUUAGCUAUUCAGGGCCACCGACCAAAAUGGAUGGCAUGGAUGGCAUUACGCCGGAGUACCCUUAUGAUUUCAUCACUCCAACAUCCGGUCAUAUUUUCAUAGCAGAUGUUAUAUUUGAAAUUUUAAAUCAUUUCGAGUGGAAAUAUGUUGCACUUGCAGUACGUCAUCCUCGAAAAGAAUAUGACAGUAAAGACAAACAUGGAAUGGCCAACUUUUUCAACAGACGCGUUGAGGAAUUAGCUGAGAGCAAUAAUUGGCUUGAUCCACUCAACCCUGAACAAAUAAUGCAAACACAAACUCGUACGAGUAGUAUGGUCGAAGUAAUCAUUUGUUAUUGCCAUCAAGAAGACAUCCAAAAUUUGAAGAACCGAUUACAAAACCAAACUAAAAAAUACGUUGUAAUUGCGGGAAAUAUAGCGCUAAGUUGGACAAAAGAAGUGAAAUGGAAUUCGACUUUAGGAGACCUGCACCUUGUCACGCCAUCGCUUCAAUAUAAUGAAAAUUUCUACCAUUACUACACUUCGUUGUCGGAGAAAAAUGAUACGAAAUAUUCCUAUCUUGAGACGUUCAGGAAAAGAUACUUCGACGAGAAAUUCCGUUCCAAAACUGAUGAUAAGCGCGAAGAAAUGUCUAAUGGUAUGCACAGAGACUUCUAUCAGAAUAAUUCAAAUGCAGCGAUUAACAUCAUCAAAUCACUAUAUGCAAUGACCCAUGUUGUGAAACAAACAUUUGAUUCAGCACAAAUAACCAGAAGGACAGCAGGAAAUGCGCUUCGUGGCAUCAAAUUUGAAUUAUUCAACGAAAAAAUUAGUUUUACUCGGCCUAAUGGUCUACCAAAGAUAGAAAAAUUUGAUGUACACAAAUUUCAAGAAAUACAAAAUGAAACCGGUUAUUUCAUCAAAGUUGCAGAAUAUUUGAAAACCAAUCAUACAGAAUACGAGCAACAAGAAAAUGUGAAUUUACGAAUACAAGGUAAUCUAACCAUAUCGGAUGCGGGUUUCCAAUAUUCAGAUCACUAUCCGAUACAGAGAUGCAGCAAACCAUGUGCAGCCGGAUACUACCGAACAAAUCAUGACAACAAAUGUUGUUGGAAUUGCGAAAAAUGCGGCGAUUUUUCAAUACCACACAAGAAUGGUACUUCGUGUGAAAAAUGUGCAGAAGGUUCAAUGGCGAAUCAAAAUCAUACCGAGUGUAUGCCUUCACCUUUAUCCGUUAUUCUACGAAUACCAACCGAAUGCACCGAUGUUCAGAAUUUAUUAUCCUUCGGACUUUCUUCAUUAUCCAUCAUAUUGACAGCGAUCGUACUAUUGGUGUUUGUCAAAAAUCAAAAUACUCCGGCAGUCAAAUCGACCACCAGAGAACUAUGUUACAUGAUGUUUACGGGAAUUUUUCUGGUUAACACUACAAUCCUCAUUUCGACAACAACCUCUAAUUUUGAAACAUCGGAUGUCAAAGUUCUACCAGCAAUUGGUUUCACAAUGAUAUACGCUGCAUUAUUGGUGAAAACUAAUCGAGUCGCUCGUCUGUUGGUCACGCCUAAACAUAGAUUCGCCAACAUGGACCUCAAAUAUUUGUCACUAAAGGCUCAGAUCAUCAUGACCACGAUGUUGAUUGCAGUAGAAAUAUUAAUAUGCUGGUUUGCGGUGAAAUUCCAAAAUUCAUUAGAACCAGGAAUUGGUGGAAGUAACCUCAACCUGAAACGGUUUUAUCUAGAUGGAGUAUUUUUAAUCAAAAUAUUCGCUUUCGUCGCCCUGUUGAUAUUGCUGUGUACUUAUUACGCGUUCAAAACACGAAAUCUGCCAGAGAAUUUCAACGAGGCCAAGUACAUUGGUUUUGCGAUGUAUGCCACGGUGCUCACAGCAAUAGCUUUCAACACGGUGUACUUUACUAUUGAUGACAAAAAAAUAUUAGCGAUGAACGUAUGCGCUUCGAUUAAUACUCUGAUAAUUCUGAUUUUCUUGUUUACACCGAAAUUGUACAUCAUCUUGUGGAAGCCUGAGAGGAAUACUAGAGUGUACUUUUCACCUGUUACGUCCAGUAUUCGUAGUUAUAUGGGGAAGGAAUCGCGUCCCAAUUCACGCAAACCACUAAAGCAGUGUUACUCGAUUGAAACCUCAGGACCACAAUCCAGCUCUACUGAUGCGGUGGAGAAUGUGAAGGAAAAUGAACGAAAAGCCAUCGAAAAAGUAAUCAAAGAAAUUGACUUUCAGCAGAAAAUAUUAAAUCUAGAUAAAUUGAAGGAGAAAGUCAAGACAGACGAUUUACAACUUGAUGAAAUGAUAGAUGAGAUACAAAAAGCAUAUUUUGAAAAUAUCGAGAAAGUAAAACUGAAGUAUAACGUGGAUGUGAAUCGAGUAGAGCAAAACGAAGUCAAGUAGAAAACAAAAUAUUUUCAAGGCACACGUUCUAAUACUCGAAUCGAACGACUUUGAAGAUGGGGCUUUGUAAAUAGAAACACAAAUUUUUAAAUAAGAACCUAUACCUCAGAUACACCAGGUCAAUUGUGGUACUUUGGUGCAUCUUAUUCUUUUGUUUUCCAAUGUAAUUAGCUGGAAUAAAUUUUUAAUUAACGAGCACUAACGACCAUUUAUUGGCCAUGCAUCCGAAUAAGGCUAGUCAAUUUAUGUCAACAGGAAUGCAAUUCAUACGUGAAAAAGUAUCUAUAGGCACCCAGAUCCUCACAACUUGUUCUAAACGUUUUUAUUAAUUUCGAUCUGUUUUGGUGGGAAAAAGUUAAAAAAGCAAGUGAAUUGAGACCGUGAAGCUUAAAUUUCUUAAAACUUCGAGGCACUAUGGAAACUAAUAUUACCAUAAUUACCUACCUAUUAAUUUUUCU